GAGGAGAGAGAGAAAGAGAGAGAGAGAGAGGGGACAGUCAUGCACUUACUAGGAGACACCCACACACAAUUUCUCACCAGACACACACUCACACUCUCUCACAUACGCUGCAUGCACAUCGGAGCACCUGCUUUGUAGCCACUGUGUGUGUGGAUCUCUCCGUGACGGGUUUGUAGUGCCAAGAUGCUUUCCUGUGGCUGGAUUUUGGCGCUGUUUCUGGCAGCACUAUCAGGAAACACUGUUGGUGCCGCUGCAUUGGAGCAAACUGAGAGGAACUGCUCUCUGUCCCCGCCGUACCUCCCCAGCACAGCAGUAAAUACCACUCUCCAGCUGAAGGAGUUACGAGAGCAGAUGCUUCCCAGGAAUAUUGCUGCCUACAUUAUCCCUGGCACAGACGCUCACCUGAGUGAGUACAUCGCACCACGUGAUAACAGGGUGGCCUUUAUGACCGGCUUUACAGGCUCCGCAGGCACCGCCGUAGUUACUAAGACCAAGGCCACACUGUGGACAGACAGCCGCUACUGGGUUCAAGCUGAGAGACAGAUGGAUUGCAACUGGGAACUGGAAAAAGAUGUGUCCAUCAGAAGUAUAGCAGAAUGGCUCAUCACUGAGGUUCCACCAGGAGGCAAGAUCGGCUUUGAUCCCUUCCUCUUCUCCCUUCAAACUCAGGAGAACUACCACAUCAGUCUGGAGUCGAGCAACCGCACCCUCAUGUCCAUUCCUGAUAACCUGGUCGACCGAGUGUGGAAGGACAGACCAAACAUCCCGCCUGAUCACCUCACCCGCCUGCCCGACAGAGUCAUAAAAAGGUCCUGGCAGAUUAAAGUGACAGACAUACGGAAUCAGAUAAAGGACAAUCCAUACAAGCCGACAGCUCUUCUGCUAUCAGCACUGGAUGAAACAGCCUGGCUGUUUAAUCUGCGUGGCAACGACAUCCCAUACAAUCCAUUCUUCUACUCCUACACACUGCUCACAAUGGAUCAUAUCUGGCUCUUUCUCCAUACUGACAGAGUGACAGAGGAAUUGAAGACGUACCUAAAUGCUUCCUGUGUCGAGUCCCUCUGUGUGCAGCUAAAAAACUAUGACACUGUCCGAGAUGACCUGAAGAAUUAUGUGGCGAACCCUGGUGUUAAAGUGUGGAUCGGCACAGAGUACACAAACUAUGCACUUUAUGAGCUGAUCACACCAGAGGAAAAACUAAUGACGAGCUCAUACUCUCCUGUGUUGACGAGCAAAGCGGUGAAAGAUGAGACUGAGGAGCGAAUCUUGAGGGAUGCCCACGUGAGGGAUGCAGUCGCAGUCAUGCAGCUGCUGAUGUGGCUGGAGAAGGCGGUUCCACAGGGAAAGGAGACUGAGCUGACGGCUGCAGAAUACGUCAAUCAAUGUCGCAGCAAACAGAAAGACAGCAGAGGCCCAAGCUUUGAGACUAUCUCUGCGAGCGGACCCAACGCUGCACUUGCCCAUUACAGCCCAACUAAAGAAACAAACCGGAAAUUGACAGUUGAUGAGAUGUACCUGGUGGACUCUGGUGGCCAGUAUCUAGAUGGGACCACUGACAUCACUCGGACUGUUCACUGGGGAACUCCCACAACAAUGCAAAGGGAGGCCUUCACUAGAGUGCUCAUGGGAAACAUUGAAAUAUCUCGAACUAUCUUUCCCACAGGGACAAGAGGUGCAAACAUGGAGAUGCUGGGUCGCAGGGCAUUGUGGGAAGUGGGCUUGAACUACGGCCACGGCACAGGUCAUGGUGUUGGAAACUACUUUGGAGUUCACGAGUGGCCAGUUGGCUUUCAGACCAACAACAUUCCUUUCAGAUCUGGCAUGUUCACGUCCAUAGAACCUGGAUAUUACAAGGAGAACGACUUUGGAAUCCGAAUCGAAGAUGUCGCUGUGAUUAAACCUGUGAAUACAAAGUAUGGUAAUAACUACCUGACCUUUGACACUGUGUCGCUGGUUCCAUAUGACAGAAAGCUGAUUGACACAUCUCUCCUCAGCUCAGAACAGAUUCAGUGGCUGAAUAAAUACUAUGAAACCAUCCGAAGGCUGAUGGGUCCUGAGCUGGACAAACAGGGACUACAUGAGGAGAAGGAUUGGAUGCUCAGAAACACGGAGCCCUUCACGUCUGGAUCUUCUGCAUCUGUCUGUUCCUCUUCACUGACCCUCUUUGCGUUGGCUGUGGCUCUCCUCCACAACAUCGUCUGAGCAUCUUCAUCUCUCUGGCCCUCACUCCAUUCACAGCAGACUUGCACACUAAUGUUACCCCUAUGCAGUCUUUAUUGAGCAGCUAUACCACAUGAGGGAUGCACUGCAAUUUAGCAUUUUUUAAUUGAGGGAUAUAUUUGUUUAAUGAUUUGAUUGCUGAUAUUGUGGUGUUCAAAGUUAAAAAAUAAUCGUUUGUUUGAUUUUUGAUGUUUUAGCUUUUUGGUUUUUAAUCUGGACAUUUGUAUGACCAGCUGAUAUAAUUUCUAUUUUAUUAAAGUAACACUCUUUAAAAUAAAGGUA